ACACAAUCCCAUCAUCAAAAAUAUCAUUUACACAACUAAUUUAUAUCCCCAUGGCGCCCAAAGCAACUUCCUUGGUGUUCAUCCUGGCCCUGGCCGUCACGCUAUCCACAAUCGCCGAGUCCCGGAACCUGAAGCCGGCUGAACAGACGCCGGAGGAGUGCUCUGCUGCCAUAUUCAAGUUCCCUUCGUGCUUGUUCGAGAUCAUCGGAGCAGCCCAAGGCGGCACCGGCGGGUCGGUACAGAUCUCGGCUCCUUGCUGCAGUGCCUUCACUUCUCUCACUCAGGACUGUCAGUUUCAGUUCAGCGGCAACCUCCUGCCGGUCAUUCAGAAGUCCUGUGGCGCUGCUGUCGGUGGGCCGACUGGUGGAGUGCCGCCGAGCCCGCCGGCGCCUCCGGCUGAGCUGGGUCCUGCUGCUGCUCCGGUUUGAGUGGGUGUUGGACUUUAUGUUGAGACAUAUGUGAUAUGUUGUGAUUCCAAGUUCGGUGCAGCGGAAAUAAAAAAAUACGUUUUGGUUACUGUUUAUUGAGAUUCAAUGGAAUGAUUUGUUUAACGAGUGUUGAAGUUUUAAGCAUCCAAUUUGCUGCAAAAAGCCAUUCUAAGAAAGCUGUGUAAUAAUU